AUGGAAACCAUUUAUGACUUUUGGUUUAUGAUUGUGCAAGAAAAUGUCGAAUUCAUUGUGAUGACGACGGAUUUCGUCGAAAAAGGAUUCCACAAGUCGACACCAUACUUCCCAUUUACCCCUGAUAUUACAGCUACCUACGGUGGUGUUACAGUCAAGUGCCUUGAUGUAAGCUUAUACUUUUGA